AUGGCGACGCCGUCUUCCAAACCGAAUCCAGGAGCAACUCCAACGCACCUCACCUCGUCACCUCGUCCAUCCGGCGGACCUAUGCAUCGAGCGAUGUCGCUUAAAUCUCCAUCUACGAGGACGCCCUCAGCGUCAGGCCACGGCCAAUUGAACCAGCCCGCGUCGACGCAACAAUAUGCCACCCCAUUGGCGGUCACCGCGGAGAACGAUAACGCCAUCUCGUUUAGCUCGCCUUCUGCUCUACUACUUGGAGCCUAUCCCGGGAUCAGCCCAUCACCCGCCGUCCACGAUGCGUUGGUUGGUACAGGGAUGAAUGAUAGUGACAUCCAGGCCUUGGGAAUGCCGGGUUUGAAGCUAGGGGCUGCCCGGGAUAACGACGAGGAGCGCCGAAGGCAUAUUAUCGAGGUAGUUCAGAAAUUGCGGGAGCGAGUGGCUGGCCGAGGCGUUAGCAGGAAGGGUAUUGAGCGACUAAGUCAUCUCGAGCGCUUUGAGUCGAUCUGGCAGGACGAUAAUUUGAACAUUGCCGGCAAUUUUGUCGACCUCGAAAUCGAUUUCUACCGCGGACAAAACGUGGUUAGAGAUGUUAGCUUGAAAUACGCCACCCCAGAUACCGCCGACGGGGAACGUCGCGAAGAGGCUACAGCUAUUCUGAAGCGCGAUCUGGUACAAACGCCAGAGGACGGCGCGCGGGGCGACUGGAAGAGCCUCGACAACUUUCACAAGAACCUACAGUGGCUGGCACGGCAUGAUAAACUUAGCGAAGAGGUGAAUUGCUUCGAGGCCAUCGAAGGGCUCUACGAAAGUUUGAAACGACUAUGGAAUGAGGAAAGCUCGCAACGUAAAUUUGGGGGUGAUUAUGAGCAUAUCUGCAGCGGCGGAAUUGGGCGGCCAAGCCUUCAUAGGGGUAGUCGAGUCGGCCUUUGGUUAGACUACUGGGUGCCGCGCGCCCGGGUCAUGGACGCGAAGCAGCGGAAAUCAGCGGAUGCGAUGGAUAUUGACCAAUCUGAAAAUUCCGCUAAUGGUGAACUCAGCGGCGGAAAUGGCGAAUGGAGAAUCGCGGUCGAGUGUGAAGAGGGUUAUCCGUCACUUCGCGUGUCGAAAGACUGGCUCGGGUCCGAGGUCUUUACUACGGCCCAUGAUGAUGCAGAAGCGUCAGCAUCAGACAGCGCGACCCUCGAGGUCAGGGUAAUCAACUGGGCCGAACCACCGCCGGCUCUGAAUGGCAACCAAAGCUCAUCAGGAAAUAUGGAUCUUGACUCCAACAUGCUGGGAUCAUCUUCCCCGAACCGACGAUUCGUUGCUAGGUUGGAGCCAGCUCUAGACAUCCCGUUUCUGGUAGCCACCGAAGUCUACCGGCACCUCGGUAUCCAAAUGCCGCAAGAUUUCAGGCUUUCGACGUACGAUGGACUGCUGGCCCCCGGGUGGUCUCUGGGCUCAGAAGAUUCCCACAUUGAUCGAAAGAGAAGCAAGAUAUCUGUACAAUCGUUCGAUGAAGAGGGCAAACCGUGCAUCAAGCGGCAUAGUUACAGUUUUCAAACCUUUGAACCUACCAGUGGGAAGACGCUCAGGAACCUUCCAUUCUCCCACCCACGGCAGCUUGCAGACGUGCUUCCGACUCUCCGUCAGUAUGCCUUACUGGCGAACAUGAUCCAGGGUACAUUCCCUUCCCAUGACAGGGUAAAACCGGAGCGUGAAAAGCCUAAGUCGAUUGUCCAGCCACAGGACGAAAAAUACAAGACAACGCGCAACGGGGAUAUAACCAUAUUGACCAACGAGAACCCCAAUGAGAAAAAGCUCAAUAUGUUACUUGGUCUCGCAGAUGAUCUGAAACUCGAAGAUGAGGUCCAAGAAUCUGGCAGCGAUGAGCUCAAAGUAGAUGUGACGCUGCGGACCCAGCUAGGACAGGCUCCAUUAAUCAUGCUGCUCUUCACGGUGAAUCGCGCUAGUUCGUCGAUACAUGGUCCUGAGCAUUCUGUUAGUAAGGUCUCGAUCGCUUUCGAAAUCGGACUGAACGCGCGUGUCUCGGUGGUGGAGGUUACUGGAUUGCUGGAUGACGAGAACAGCUCUACCAGUAAUGCUAGCCCUGAUACGCAGGCGGCGGAAGAUCCAACUCGCGAGCUGCAGGCCAAGUUAGCAUAUGUCCUUGAGACAUCGCAAGACAUCGGAGUCUUAGUGGAAUGGGUCCUUCGAUGGCUUAGCGCAAACAAUAUCCCUAUCGAAAAAUGA